GUUAGUGUUAUCCGAACAGGAAUAUUCCCCCCUCCGUCUCAGAGGGGAGCGGCGGGGGGAAAGAUAUGGAUAAACUGACCAUCAUUUCUGGAUGUUUGUUUCUGGCAGCGGAUAUCUUUGCCAUCGCCAGUAUCGCCAACCCGGACUGGAUCAACACGGGGGAGUCUGCCGGAGCUCUCACAGUUGGCCUCGUCAGACAAUGUCAAACUAUUCAUGGACGUGACAGGAUCUGUAUUCCACCAAGGCUCCCACCUGAGUGGGUAACCACUCUGUUUUUUAUCAUCAUGGGAAUCAUAUCAUUGACUGUUACAUGUGGGUUGCUAGUGGCUUCCCAUUGGAGAAGAGAAGCUACAAAAUAUGCCCGCUGGAUAGCAUUUACCGGCAUGAUCCUCUUUUGUAUGGCAGCAUUAAUAUUCCCAAUAGGAUUUUACAUCAAUGAAGUUGGAGGCCAACCCUACAAAUUGCCCAACAACACAGUAGUUGGAUCAUCUUAUGUACUUUUUGUUUUAUCCAUUUUCUUUACUAUAGUAGGACUAUUAUUUGCAGGCAAAGUAUGUUUACCUGGUUGAUUUAAAGGAAUUCACUUUUAUUUUUUUACUUGGAAUGGAUCAUUUCAUUUUUGGGGGUGCGAUUGGUGGGUUUAUCGAAAGACUCCUGAAGACAUUGCCUUCGCAGGAAAGGGACAUGAGAACCGAGAAGACAGCGGGCAUUUUGACAUUCUCGCUAUGCACUUUGGAUCAAAAGGAGAGCCUUUCUUUUCCGUAACCAAAUACAAUUCUCAUUGACUUAUCUCCUGAGCAUAAACAUGCAGUCAGGUCUGCACUGUGACAGGACUUGUGAAGAAUGCUUUACACUGACAAGCAAACCGACCUUUAUUACUGUACCCAGUUCCCAUUUUUAUCGUCUGAUUAUGGGAAUUGAAGAGGAAGGGGAAAAAAAAGCAGUAUUUAUGAACUUUGCCUACAUCCUAGCGGUAUUCCCAGGCCAAGUGAGGCUGGCCUCACUUCCAAGAGGAAUAGAGAACUGGAGACUGAGGGAUCAGUAUGUUGAAAUAGGUUCAACGCACCAACGAGCUAAGAGAUCAAACUUGAGCAACACUGUGGUGCCUGAUGGCUCAAAACUUGGUUACCCCAUUUCGGUUUGUGUUCCUCCUCCCUUCAGCCUAAAGGAGAAGAAAACACAUUUUACACUUGGUGGUGCCAAAAGUUAGGCACUCCCAAGUGACUACUUUUACUUACCGGACACCUUGGGUCAGCACUCCUAUUGGCAGAUAACCGCACCGGCCGGGGUUCUUCUAGCCACCACCAUGGAGAGACCCUCUUCCUGCUUCUUUGAAAACCGAUGAAGCAGGAAGAGGAUCUCUCCAUGGUGCUCGCUAGAAAAACUCUUUAGAGCCGGUGCGGUUUUCUGCUGAUCAGGGGAACUGGCCCAUGGUGUCCGGUAAGUAAAAAAAGUCACUUGUGGGUAUGCUUCCAUUUAUCAAUGUUCCUGUUGGUAUUGAAAAGAGGGGUGUUUGAAAAAGUUCUAAAAGGUGCUUUUCACAUUGAAAGGGAAUAUUCCAAUCCGUAAACAUGACAAGAAAAGAUGCCGAAGUAUUCCGCUUCACCUAUAUAUCUGUAGGAGGAACUUUAAAAAAA